AUGGCUUUUACAAAAUCAUUGUUAAUACACUGCCUGCUUGUAGCUGUUGUAGCUGGCACCCCACCACGGAAACACUAUAAGCGCGAUGCGCCCCUGAGUUCGUCUUACUUGCCCCCGUCGAGUGGUGGCGGUGGUAGACCUUCGUCCUCCUACGGGGCGCCAAGGCCUUCAAGCAGCUACGGAGCACCUAGGCCCUCCUCAAGCUAUGGAGCCCCGAAGCCUUCUAGUUCGUAUGGCCCUCCUAAGCCUUCCAGUUCCUACGGCGCCCCAGCUAGGCCUCCAGCGACCAGCUAUGGAGUACCAACUGGACCAUCAACAAGUUACGGUGCACCCAAACCAUCAGGAUCCUACGGUGCCCCGGCUCCAUCUAGUUCAUAUGGAGCACCAUCCUCGAGCUAUGGCGCCCCAGCUCCAUCGAGUUCGUAUGGAGCACCAUCUUCGAGCUAUGGUGCCCCCGCUCCAUCAAGUUCAUAUGGAACACCAUCUUCGAGUUAUGGUGCCCCCGCCCCAUCAAGUUCAUAUGGAACAUCAUCUUCAAGCUAUGGCGCUCCAGCACCUUCUAGCUCAUAUGGUUCCCCUGCUCCAUCUAGCUCAUAUGGUGCCCCUGCACCAUCUAGCUCUUACGGAACACCAUCCUCUGGUUAUGGUGCCCCAGCUCCAUCGAGCUCUUACGGCGCACCCUCUAGCUCAUAUGGGGCUCCCUCAUCUGGGCAUGGAAGCAGUGGAUUUAGCAGCGGCGGUAGUGCCUUUGGUGGCAGUAGUUUUGGUAGUAGCAGUUUUGGAAGCAGUGGACCAUCUUCAAGUUACGGAACUCCUGCAAUCUCAGCGCCAUCCUCAAGCUACGGCACACCCUCCACUUCAUACGGCACACCAUCUAGUAGCUAUGGUGCACCUAGCUCUGGCCAUGGUGGUUCUGGAUACUCAUCUGGUGGGUCCGGUAGCUAUUCUUCUGGCGGUCACAGCUCCACCAGAUACUCCUCCGGCAGCUUAGGUGGAUAUGCUUCCGGCGGACAUGGAUCAUCUUCUGGUGGACUCGGCUCUGGGAGCUACUCCUCUGGAGGACACGGAUCUAGUGGUCACUCUUCCGGCGGACAUGGAUCUGGCGGUUACUCAUACAGUGGUUCCGGUAGCCACUCAUCCGGCGGCUCAGGAAGUUACUCAUCUGGCGGUUCAGGAGGUUACUCAUCUGGCGGUUCGGGAGGUUACUCAUCUGGCGGUUCGGAGGUUACUCAUCUGGUGGUUCGGGAGGUUACUCAUCUGGCGGCUUGGGAGGUUACUCAUCUGGUGGUUCGGGAGGUUACUCAUCUGGCGGCUUGGGAGGUUACUCAUCUGGUGGUUCGGGAGGUUACUCAUCUGGUGGCUCAGGGGCUUAUUCAUCUGGAGGCUCAGGCCAUUCGUCCGGUGGCAGAGGAGGUCACGGCAGCUCCGGUGGUGGUUAUUCCAGCGGAGUUCCUGCCACUAUCAGUCAAAGUUACGACUCCAACGGCGGUCGGG